UCGAUCUUCAGCUUCGACUCUCCUCCACCGCGUCAGAGGUCAUACUCCCGGAACUUCAUCAUUUCGCCCGACCUCAAUGAACCGCCACCGCCUCUCUACCUUCAGCCUCCCUUCUGAUGUUCCCACGUUUUGGCAAUCUGCCGAGGAAGCGUCUUUGUCGUUCACGAUCAAGCAAUUGGAUGUGUCGAUUCUAGAUGCACUCAAGUGGACGCAAGCCUACGUGGCACUUAGUUUUUGCCUCCCCGAGGUCACCUUCCAUUGGGCGGAACCCACAGAUAGGAGUGUGGAGGACGAGAUCCCGGACGACGAGGUGGAGUUGUUGCUCAUCAAGGGGUGGAGAACGGACACGGAGGGAGAUUUUUUAGGGAUCUUAUUCGGAGAAGUGUGCGACGGCCAUCUGAGCUCCAUUACAGACCAGAUGCUGGUGCUUCUAACUAGAGUGCUGAACGAUCUGCCAUUGGAGAUCCUCUCACAUUGUGACGAGAAGUCGGAAACAACCAUGCUCGCUCGUACCCUGGAGCCGCAUCUUCUUUGGUCCACCUGUAUGAAAUUGAAGGAGGGUAGCUACUACUUACCCUCGAGAGGUGCAUACCUGAGCAUCGACGUCAGUGAUCUUUCCACGUGGGACCCACUCAUCCGGCGCGUUCCUAUAAGAGAAACUAGCGAGGAAGCAGAGGAGGAGGAAGAAGAGGAAACCAAGGAGAGCGAUCAUCUUCAGUAUACGGAAGAAGAAGAGACUUCAGAAGAGGAGGAAUCAGGGGCUGAAUCAGACGGUCCCGAUUAUCAAGAAUCGAAGGGCGUCGAGUCGGAAGUAGCCAGUUCGGGACGGGUGGAGUCGGAGGAAGAAGAAGGUGGAUCGGGUGAGUCGAGCGGUCCCAGCGAGCUGAGCAGGGAAGAAAGGGAGGCCGUGGCGGAGAGGAAACGGGCGGCGGCAGAAGGCAAGCGACCGAUCGAGGAAUCAGGAGGGCCACCGCUGCAGCUGCUGCAGGGCGAUCCGACUCUCAAUCCGGAACCACCACGAGAGGAGACCAAGAGAAAUUGAGGCGCCACAGCAGAGGGAUCGAGAAGCUGGCGCUGCCAAAGAAGUGAAUCACCCUCCCAAUCCUCCCCAGUUUCACCCGCAGCCCUUUGUCUA